CCACUCUGUCACUUCCUUACAUGUCUUUGAAGCCUUCCAGGAAGUAGAAAAAACUACAAACUGUCCGGUCGUGGUCAGAGGGUGUAGCCAGUGUUUUUUGUCUGCCAGUAGGCAGCCAAAAUGUUAGGCAUCUUGUAUGUGCUGUUUUUAUUUCAUUGUAAACCAGUCUGCUGCGUUUUUCAGAAACUUUACUGCUCCAUAGCAGACAGCUGUGACUGCGACUUUAAGCCAAGUAUCAGGGACCUGGAGUGGGACCUCUACAAGAAUGUGUACGGACAACAUCUGGCCCAGGACAUCGUGUCAGAGGAGGUGGCCAGGUUCCUUCAGAAUAAAAGCCCAGAUCGGCCCCUGGUGUUGUCCUUCCAUGGCUCCUCUGGGACAGGAAAGACGCUGGUCAGCUCCAUGCUGGGAAAUCACCUGUAUGGUUCAGCCAUGAGCAGCCCAUACGUCCACCAGUUUGUCCCCACGCUGCACUUCCCCUCACCUGAGCUGGUGAAAAAGUACAGGGAGGAGCUAAAGAGCUGGGUGCAGGGGAACGUGACGGAGUGCGCUCGCUCCGUCUUCAUUUUUGAUGAAAUGGAGAAGAUGCCUUCAGGUCUCAUUGAUGUCCUGGAGCCCUUCCUCGGUCCGUCCCACGUUGUGUUUCGCACCAAUUACCGCAAGGCCAUCUACAUCUUCAUCAGCACCACAGGAGAGGAGGUGAUUAACAAAGUGGCCCUGGAGAACCGGCAGGCUGGACGGGACAGAGAGGAGAUCAGGUUGGCCGAUCUGGAGGAGGCCAUCGCACAGGCAGCUUAUAGCAGCAACAUGAGCGGCUUCUACCAGUCCAGCAUCAUCCAGAAGAAUCUCAUCACCUGCUUCGUACCCUUCCUGCCGCUGAGCCGACGCCACAUUGAGCGCUGCGCCCACUCACAGCUCUGCCAGCAAGGCCGCUGUGGCCGCAGUGAUGUGGUGGAGGCAGUAGGGGGCGACAUGAUCUACACUCCCAUCCAGGGACAGUAUUUCUCCACAACUGGCUGUAAGGCCAUCCCUGCAAAAAUCAACUUCUUCCUGUGAGCUGAGGGCAGGAUGUUUGUUGAUUUUUAAGGAGUGAAAGGGAAACUCCUCUGGAGGUGAGUCAGUGAAAAGAAACUGACUUGGUUUCUGUCAUGUGGAGGUCAGAGGUCACAGAAACAUCUGUGGAGCAGGCAAGGAUUCAGAGUCAAGGACGUUUCCUUCACUUGGAAUCACGGGAAUCGAACUCAGCCCUCUGGACUCAAAGCAGUUGUGUCUGAGUUUUCCUGAAGACAUCGUUGAUCUAGCAGUGAUAAUUCCCUUAGUUUUAUUCAGCAUCUGAACUACUGUAGGUUUCGUACCCCACACUACCUCAGACCCAGUUCUGCCUUUAAUCCAUGAGCUUGAAGUUCAUUUCAGUUUUUUAACUUUAUUUUUAUGUUUCUUAUUUAUCCAGUCAUUUUCUCAGCCCCACCUUCUCUCACAUUCAGAUAGAUAGAUAGGAAACCUCUGGCUUAGCAGCAGGCGUCCACAGCAGACCCUGCCUGAAGCAGCUGGUAUCCUGCUCAUCUGUUAGCUGGCUAACAGCAGUAGAGAGGAGCUUACCCUCUUUUCUCACUGGUGCAGAUUUUCUGCUUUGUCUUCACAGUUUGGGAUUUUUACUAAGAGGAAUCAGUGUUUCCCUAAAAGGAACCAGAGGUCUCAAAUAGAUUUUAAUAUGUCUGAAUGUUUUAAACUGUGGAGAACAAAGCUGCAAAUGUUAAAGAGAGACUUGAAGUUUUGUUGAGCUCAUCCUUCUACUAAACCUUGAGAAAGCACCAAAAAUAUUUUCUGAGUGAAGAGCUUUGGCUGGAUUAUGAAAGAUUUUUGGCUUUUUCUAAACAGAGAUGGAAUCUGAGCUCACUGUUUGAAAGUGUAAAAACACUAGAAUCACCAAGUGAUUGGGGUGUACAGUACAUAACCCCAUGUCAGACUGAGACAGAACUACGCCUCCAGUUAAAUCAGGAGUUUUAGGGCUGAUGUUUUGGCUUGUGUCAUCACUGUUGCUAAACCAGAUCUGACAAGUAAUAUAUACAGUAUUCAUAAUGACAUCUACAAAUACUUAAGAACUAAAUUAUUAAUAUCUCAGCUCCCUCAGUAAUGCACCUUAUGGUUCCACUCAACAUUUAGUUUUUCUCUAAAGAACAAUGUACACUAUCAGUAAGUGUUUUACUUCUGGAAGGUUGGACUGGGAUGAAAAUAUCAAACCACACUAAGGUCCUGUUUCAAGAGUGUCCAGACUUUUUAAAAUGAUGAGAGAAGAAAGCUAAAGCAGGUGAAUUUUACUUACAUCACUGCUCCUGCCACCAGGUGGCAGUAAAGACUUCAUUUUACCAAGAGGGGGGGAGAGGAGGCAGAGUUCACCUGCAGCUCGGUGCAUUCUCAGGCAGUUCUGUAAAAAAACAAUGAGUUUGUUUCUUUAGAUAAAAUGCAUCAUAGACACACUCAGACUGCACUUUAUGGAGGAUACAAAGGACCGGAUCAUGAAGAACAGUUUGUUUCACUAUGCUUUUUUGGGGGAAAGUGUGUGAUGAGAAAUCAGGACGCUGCUGCCAAAAAAUUAAAUAGUUAACGAAUGUAAAUGAUUCAUCCCUUGUUGUAUUAAAAGGAAACACUGUGUGAAGAACUGCAGCUGCU